GCGUUUCGUUUGUUUAUUGUUUUUGUGUUGGUUAAGUGUUAAGUUAACCUAAGAUAUGGCAUUGUUUUUCUAAAUUCCCUUUGAUGUUAUUUAUCCAUAUAUUAUUAAAAUCAAAAGUGAGCACUUGCAUUUCCAAAAAAUCAUAUACAAAUUUAAUAACGAUGACCCAUUGUAAACGUUUAGCUGCCUUUGACUUUGACAGUACAAUUUGCAGUGAAAAUUCAGAUAUUGUUGUAAGAAACCUUCUGUCAUCGGACGUGGUUGCCAAAUAUGAAACUUGCCACAAGUACGACACAAGCGGAUGGACGCAGUACAUGCAAGGAAUUUUCGAAUUGCUGUAUAGCAACAAUCUAGACGAAGCUUUGAUUACGAAGACAAUUCACGAGAUUCCACCUAUCGACGGAAUGGUUGAGCUAAUACAAAAAUUGGACAAACUCGAUUACGAUAUUAUAAUAAUUAGUGAUGCGAAUUCAUUUUUUAUAAACACAUGGUUGCGGAAGUACAAUUUAUUAAAUUGUGUCAAGGAAGUUUUCACAAAUCCUGCAGAAUUCCGCAAUGGUCUGCUAACAAUAAAAAUGUAUCAUGUCCAAGACACAUGUCGAUUGAGUACCAUAAACCUCUGUAAAGGCCAGAUUCUAGAUGAUUUUAUCAAGAGUCGGAGAUUGGCAGGAGUUGUUUAUGAAAAUGUUAUGUUUGUAGGUGACGGUUCGAAUGAUGUAUGUCCCAUGUUACAUUUAAAUAUUGGAGACCUCGCCUUCUGCAGACAAGGCUUUCAUUGUGCUCGUAUAGUGAGUAAUAUAAUGAAAGGGCAACCUUAUAAAAAUCAAAUAUACGACAUGAAGGCCUCUGUAUUUAAAUGGAAUAAUGGGUUUGAUAUUUUAAAAAUCGCUACUGAUUCCUGAAUAUAGUCUUUUGUUUUGGAUCUGCUUUAUUUGGGCUGUGAUUUGUAAAUUUUUUUGUUUUUUUUUGUAAAUUUACCCUUUCAGCAUGUCUAAAUUCAUGUGCAAAACUGUCAAGACGUUACAGCUACCGUUGGUAGAUCAUAUGAAAAAAAAAUUAAUCUGUAGUGUGUAUUAAUUAUCAUCAAGGCACCAAGAAGCUAUGGAAACUACAAUUAUUCUAUUUGCUUUAAUAGAAUGUACUGUAUAUGCAAUAUUUCGGCUACACUGUUGAGCAUUACAUGUUAAUCGUUAGGACCUUCCUACAAUAGCUUCUAGGAAAAGCUUUAGUUUCAAAAAGUAGAAGGGUCUUCAAAUUACUAUAGUAUAUGCGAGAGUAUAUGUAAAUUAAACAUUUUUAAUAAUAA